UAGACUGAGAAGCAAAUAAUUCAAGACUUCUGGCUCUAUAUAAGAAGGCGUGCUCAAACAUGAGUACUACAGCAGAAUACUAAAAGCUUGAUCUCUAAAUUUGUAAAACUCUUGUUCUCAAAGAAGCUGUACGUGACUUUCAUCCAAAGUUCCAACUUCUUCUGCGAUGGGAUGGUGGAGGUCUUAUGCUGGUGACGAGAGAUUUUCUAGCUCAACUCUCACUGUUUCGAUUGGUAUAUUUGCGGUGUUAUGGUUGCUAUGGGUCAUCAAGAAACAAAGAAAGGCUGCAGUACCUCCAUUGCCACCAGGUCCUCGUGGCUUGCCAAUAGUUGGGUACCUUCCAUUUAUAGGUACAGAACUUCAUACGAAAUUUGAGCAACUGGGUGGGAUCUAUGGCCCCAUCUACAAGAUUUGGCUUGGAAAUAAAUUGUGCAUUGUGAUUAGCUCACCCUCACUAGUGAAAGAAGUUGUUCGUGACCAAGAUGCAAUAUUUGCCAACCGUGAUGCUACCAAAGCUGCACUUGCUAUCACAUCCGGGGGAGUCGAUAUUGUCUUUUCCCCGAAUGGUCCUAAUUGGAGGAUGUUGCGAAAGAUGUUUGUGCGAGAGAUGCUAAGUCCAGCGAAUCUUGAUUCUACCUUCGCUUUACGAAGAGAAGAGGUAAGGAACACCAUUAUAAAUGUGUAUGAAAAAAUAGGUGCCCCAAUAGAUUUAGGAGAACUGGCAUUUAUGACGUCAAUGAAUGCCAUCAUGAAGUUGUUGUGGGGAAGCACACUACAAGGAGAGGAAGGGGCUAAGCUUGGAGAUGAGUUUAGGCAUAUGUUUUCGGAUUUAAUGUUGCUACUCGGAAAACCAAACGUUUCGGACAUUUUCCCCACGUUAGCAAGUUUUGAUUUACAAGGGAUCGUAAGGGAAGUAAAGGUGAUUUCCCAAAGCAUUGAACGAGUACUUGAUUAUGUCAUUGACAAACAGAUCAAAAGUUUGGCCAAGGCCAAAGAAGAGGGGAAGCCAAAGGCAGGACAAAAGGACUUUUUGCAAGUUCUCUUGGAAAUAUGGGAGAAGGACAACGGUGCAAAUUUGAUUAGCAUGACCCAACUCAAGGUUGUGCUUUUGGACAUAGUGGUGGCUGCAUCCGACACCACAACGACCAUGUCAGAAUGGGUAAUGGCAAGGUUGAUGAAACAUUCAGAGACAAUGAGAAAAGUCCAAGAAGAAUUAACAGAAAUUGUGGGGAUGGAUAACUUAGUCGAAGAAUCUCAUUUGCCCAAAUUACAUUAUUUAGAUGCUGUAAUUAAAGAGACGCUUCGUUUGCACCCUCCUAUUCCUUUCCUAAUACCUCGUACUCCAAGCGAAUCUAGCAUCAUUGGAGGGUACCAUGUACCCAAAGGUUCAAGGAUUUUCGUGAAUGUUUGGGCUAUUCAAAGGAACCCAAAGUAUUGGGACAAUCCAUUGGAAUUUAAACCCGAGAGAUUUCUAAAUGAUGGUUAUGGAAGAUUCGAUUAUUCAGGCAACAAUUUUAAGUAUUUUCCAUUUGGGUCAGGGAGAAGAAUAUGUGCGGGUAUUACACUAGGGGACAAGACACUCAAAUACAUCUUGGCUUCAAUUUUGCACUCCUUUGAAUGGAAACUACCACAGGGUUCAGAGAUUGAUGUUUCAGACACUUUCGGUAUCAUUACCAAGAAGAAGAAUCCAACAAUUGCAAUUCCAACUCCAAGGUUGUCCAAAUUUGAGCUCUACACAUAAUAGUAGAAUGUGAGAAAUAUACUCUAUUGCUUUUGCAAGUACCUUGUAUGAAGCCUUUAUGUGCACAAUAACCAAUGAGGUUGUGAUGAUUUUCACUUCCUAUAUUCUAUAGUUGUGAUGGAAAGAUGCUUAUAUUUACACUCACAUAUUCAAAAUUUACGCCUUUAUUGGCCUAUGAAUAAAAGCUUAGUUUGGCAA